GAGAUUCCUGGUGGCCAAGCCGUCCUUGUCCUUCGCGAAGAGCGGGCGCGGGAUCUCCUUUACCGUCCCGGGGAACACGUUCGCGUCAAGCAAGUUCACGAAGACGGUACAGUCUUGAUUGGCUUCGCAGACGGACGCGAAUCCUGGGUCCAUGCCGAAGAGGUGUCCAUGGUCAACACGCAG